GAGAGGCAUGCGUAGGGGGCGGCGGACGUGUUGUUGAAGUUGGUUUGGUUGUCGCAGUAUUUGUAUUUUUACAUUGUGCUCCUUUUCGUGGUGACUGGAAGACAUCAUUAUGUGUCGCACACCCAUUUAGCAAAAAUACGCCGUUUGCCGCUUUGGGAUACGCAACUCAGAAAGUUCUAUUCCUGCUUGGGCCCACACCAUGGAGGCGGUGAUGACGUCAGAGGCGCAGCGCGGCGGCGGACUCAACAUCAGCGACGUCCUGGACGUGAUCGAGACGGACCUGGAGCUGGCCGACGCCGGCAUGUCGUACAGCGUGCCGGGCCCCGGCUAUUACGCGCCGGCCCCCGCGCAGUACGGUGCGGCGCCGCACGACGACUACGACCAGCUGAUGCGCGCCAGGCGUCAGGCCAAGGUGGUGAUCACGGAGCAGCCGGCGUCCAAGGCGCUGCGCUUCAGGUACGAGUGCGAGGGCCGCUCGGCCGGCAGCAUCCCCGGCGCCAACUCCACCGCCGACAGCAAGACCUUCCCCAGCGUCAAGGUGGUCAACUACCGCGGCCCGGCCGUCGUCGUCGUCUCGUGUGUCACCAAGGACCCGCCGCACUGGCCGCACCCACACAAUCUGGUCGGCAAGGACGGCUGCAAGAAGGGCGUGUGCACCGUCAACCUGAACGUGGAGACGAUGUCGGUGACGUUCCAGAACCUGGGCAUCCAGUGCGUGAAGAAGAAGGACGUGGAGGACUCGCUGCGGCAGCGGGAGGCCAUUCGCGUCGACCCCUUCCAGACCGGCUUCGAGCACCGGCUGCAGCCGACCUCCAUCGACCUGAACACGGUGCGGCUCUGCUUCCAAGUGUUCGUCGAGGGCCGCGAGCCGGGCAAGUUCGUGGUGCCGCUGCGGCCGGUCGUGUCCGACCCCAUCUACGACAAGAAGUCGAUGUGUGACCUGAUCAUAUACAAAAUGUCUGACUGUUCGGCGUCGGUGGCUGGCGGCAGGGACAUCAUAUUACUGUGCGACAAAGUGACCAAAGACGACAUCGAGGUGCGGUUCUUCGAGGUGCGGGACAACCGGCUCUGCUGGGAAGCGUUCGGCGAGUUUCUGCCUGCCGACGUGCACAAGCAGGUGGCCAUCUGCUUCAAAACGCCGCGCUACGUGAACCCGGAGUGCGACACGCCGGUGCGGGUGCAGAUCCAGCUGCGGCGACCCUCCGACAAGCAGUACAGCGACCCGCGCGCCUUCACGCUGACGCCCGUCGAGACCGACGGGAUCGAGGAGAAGAAGAGGAAGCUGGCCCGGAACUCGGACCGGCUGCACCGCUUCCUCGCCGAGAACAUCGGCGACGAGGACGGCGGCGGACACGGCUUCGAGGGCGGCGGCGCGCGGCCCAAACUGAAGGUGGCCUCUCGCGGCCGGCUGCGACACAUCAAGCCGGAGCCAGUUGGUGAGUGCGAGCGGCCAAGAGUCGCUGAGUUGUCCUGACUCGGGGUGCAGCAGGACUGGGCUCGCAACAAGCGGCGUCUCUCGGUCCGUUUCAGUUCAGAAGGGUAACAGCAUUGGUUGUCUACGCUUGCUAUCUUGUUACACGCAAACCCUUAGCUUUCUUUGUUUUGCCUGAAGGCAUUGUGAACUCCGAUUGCUAAAGUUGUUAUAUGCAAGCUCGUGUCUUUUGGUCAUUUUGAUGCAGCAUGACCCGCUUCCUCCCUUCAUGACUGAUUACUAAGGUAGGAAUCGUCGUGUAAGUUAGCAUAUGAAUGCAUGUGUUGCAGCACAUGUUACUGUCCACCUCCUGGCGUGGUACAUGCCGGCAUGGCAUGUGACGUAUGUUAUUCGAGCUAUUGCACAGACUCAUGAUUGCAUCAAAGUACAGGGUGCAUCCUCUCGAC